UCCGGCUGGCGGGGCGGGCGAGGGAGCCGGUCGGGACGCGGAGGAGGCCGGUGCCGCCUGUGCCUGUGGUCCCCGGGCCGCCCAGCAUGGGAUGCGCCUGAGCAGCGGGUCUCUUUUCCCUGUGGGCGGCGGCGCCUGGUCCCGGGGCGGCCGCAGGAUGUCACCACCUUGCCAUACCUCUGCCUUGCUGCUGGUCUUUGUGGCCCUGGCUGUAGUAGGGGCCGAGCAGUCAGAAGAGAGGAGCUGCGAUGUGGUUGGUGAUGAGAGCAGUGAGUCACAGAUGGAGAGAGCCCUGCUGAAGAAACUGGAGCCCCUGAGCCACAUGAGGUUUAACGUGACUGUGGAUAAGGACAAAACAGAAAAAUACAUCUACCAAUUCAGGGUGUGCAGGGAGGUUAACAGCACCUCACAUGACUUUGGUGGCCUGGUGCAAACAGAUAGACAGAGUGGAAAGACCACGGUGAUAGGAAGAAUCAAUGAGACCCAGGUCUUCAAUGGAAGUGACUGGAUCAUGCUGAUUUAUAAAGGAGGUGAUUCAUAUGGCAGGCACUGCAGUGGUGAGAAGAGGCGAGCUGUGAUAAUGAUUUCUUGCAAGCGGGGAGUGACAGCGAGUUCAUUCAGCAUUAUUUCUGAAGAGCGGGAAAAGGAGCAGGAGUGUUUCUACCUCUUUGAAAUGGACAGCAGUGUUGCUUGUCCAGCUGAGAAUUCCCACCUCAGUGUUGGCUCCAUUCUGCUGAUCACGUUUGUGUCACUGAUUGCAGUCUACAUCAUUGGUGGGUUCCUCUACCAGCGCCUCAUUGUGGGAGCAAAGGGCAUGGAACAGAUUCCUCACUUUGCCUUCUGGCAAGAUCUGGGCAAUUUGGUGGCAGAUGGCUGUGACUUCGUGUGCCGAUCCAAGCCUCGGAACGCACCAGCCGCGUACCGCGGCGUGGGGGAUGACCAGCUGGGAGAGGAGUCAGAAGAACGGGAUGACCACUUGCUGCCCAUGUGAUAGGCUUUCCACACCAAGAUCUUUUCUCCCCAUCUCCCCAGUGCUUGUUUAGCCAGGUGCCUCCCAGCCAGUUCUCCUUCUCUCACUUCUGAUUUUCUUUACACUGUUUGCUUCCGCUGUCUCUGGUGUCAAGUCCCAUGGAUGCCUCUGGAUGUGAACAGCACCGGUUCCUAAUGGCAUGUCUUAUAAAUAUAAUGCUGGGUUGGGUUUUAAAAGUGCAGCAGAGCCCAGGGGAGAAGUGCUGGCAGUUGAGCAGAAAACAGCAAUAUGAGUGUUCAGCACUGAGCAGGAAUGGGAGAUGAAUCACUAAGAGGAAAAACAGGGGCAUGGAUGGGUGCAGAAAGGGAAAAAGGCUAUGGGUUAAAACAGAUGACACUGUAAAAGGGAUAUUCUGUGUCUUUUUAUUUUUUUUCCCUAGGAUUUACAGGAUCUGUAAGACACUGGAAUUAUUUUUCUCUGAAUGCAUUUUCAGCUUUUCUAGCUUCUGCGCUGUUAUACAAUUUCUGGCAGCAUAACUGGCACGGAGUGCUCUAUGCCAGACUCUGGGGGUGAAGAGGCAUUGGCACCUCUACAAUCUUUUGUUUCCCUAAUGGCAGUGGUGUGAACUUCUCAACAGUUUCCUUCAACAGCUGUGCAGGGAUGCAUGCCAUACUCUCAGAAUGGAGAGGGACAAUGCUGAAAAACCAUAGGAGUUAAAUGGAGUCAAAAUAUUUACUUCAGUCAAGUAUUGACUCAGUCUUCUCAAUCAGUGAGAAGCAAAAGGUAAAGAUGUGCUGCUAAGGAGAAGGAACAUUGCUGAAACUGAAAAUGACAUCAAGACAAAAUGAGACAGGUAGCUGCCACUUGAGUUCUGACACAGGCUUCCUGAGGUGACUG